AUGUUAAUAGUGCAAACGAGAAAUGCUUUACAUUUCGCUUGUGCUAGUGUACAUAAUGAUUGUGUCAAACUAUUAAUUGAACAUGGCGCAAAUGUUAAUGCGGAAGCAGACAUUGCCAGAAAUAGACCUUUACAUUUGG